GCAGCGAGGUUAGGAUGAGCACAGAGCAUCUUGCCUAUGGCGGGCGCUGUGGAUGACGAGGGAGAAGAAGAAGAAGAGGAAGGAGAAGAAGAGGAAGUUGAAGAAGAAGAAGAAGAAGAACAGGAGGAGGAAGGAGAAGAAGAAGCGAAAGACAACCAUCGACACCCUGACAUUGACAAUGUCACCGACAGGCGGAGAUGCUGUCCCCGCUCGAUCAUGCCCAUUGCGGGAUCUCCGCAGGGGACGCCCGAGCCUCGUCAAAGCGUCGAUCGAUCUCCAUGUGUAGCGCGGGGGUUGUUGGGCGUUUCACCGCACAACGGUGAUCCGGAGGUCCGGUUAGGGAAAAGGCGCCGCGGUACCGUUUCGCAUGCGAUUGGCAGCGUCGUUGGCCCGGGCGUGACACCCAUUUCGCCUUUCGCUGGUGUGUUGGGGGCUUCUCCGCCGGGUGUGGCCGGGGUUCGUGACGCGGCCGCGUAUGGAGGUGUGUAUGGUGGUCCGUUGCUGCCAUCCCCACUACUGCCUAGACGGCUGGACUAUGCGGCCACGAUUCCUUUAGCACCUGUAUGGUCACAUGCGGUGGCCCCGCCAUGUCCCGCUGGAGGCGGUUCUCUUUCAGGAGAUCGCAGCGACGCUUGGCGUUGUCCAACCGUUUCACGUCCACGAGUCGUCGGCGCGGCGGCGGGUUCGUUUGCGGUGCCGCCACAGGCUCCCUUUGUCGCUCCAGAGUCCACACCUCCUGUUGACGAUGUGGAUAGCUCUGCGGCAGUCGUUGGCACACCGUGUUCGCGCGGCAACAACAUCAUGCGUGUGUGUGUGCGGGACGUGUGUCAGAGACGGUUGUACGCUCUCCGCGACGCUAUGGCCGGUGUGGGUGACCAUCGCGGACCGGUCAGCGACGUUUUUGAUCGACUGCUCCACCGGUCCUUGCCAGCCAUCAGUGCGGAGUUUGGUGUCGAGGUAGCAGAUGUGAUUUCUUCUUUGUUGCCAUCUCGGGUGUGCGGUCGAGAUUUCACGUUGCGUUAUAUGCCAGGCGAUUCCGGUGUUGACUACGGUCAGGGGGGUUCGCAGGGUUCAGCGAGCGGAGGGUUGGGGGAGUCUCAUGACGGAUCGAAGAACUCGUUCCCGUCAUCGCGUCGCACAUCGCAGUGCAGUGACAGAGGGCGCGGCAGACCCCGCAGCGCGGGUCGCUGCACACCGACACCUGCCCGGCCGCAGACGUGGUGGGAUAGUUGGGAAGGUGUUGACCAGUGCGGUCCUGGGCCUGAAAUUGACCGUGCCAGUGUUGAGGAGGCGAUGGUGUUGUGGAGUGGACCGACGACGCCGGAUGUUGUGUUUCUGGAGUCGGUCAAGCUUCUUCAAUUGCUGGCCAUGUUUCAUCUAUAUUGCCCGUGGCACAAGGGCUCGUGCCGUGUGUCUGUGGAGUCUGUCUCCUAUCCUGCGCAACUCUGUAAGCUGACCUUCGUAUGCGACAAGAAAUGCAAAUGGAUGUGGCACACGACACUCGUGACCAUGAACGUCUAUCAGUCGCGACUGAUGCAGCAGCUCUUUCAUGCGACUGUCACUGCCGACCUUACGUUCACGCUCCUCGACAACUUUUGUGUUGGUUUAGGGAUGUGCUCGCAUUGCAUUGUCACCGCGAUGGAGUACGAGACUCGGCUUGUUGUAGGUGUUCACACUCUCCGUUCGAAGAUUGAAGGCAAGGCAUCAAAUGCGCUUGAGGUGCUAGCCGUCGUGCAACUUUUGCGAGGGCUGAUGGAGAAGGGGUUGAAGAUCCGGUGCGUUGUCUCGGAUGAUUGUGCCGCGCUGGGACCGCAGUUGCGAGCUAUGAACAUCGAGUGGCAGAAGGAUUGCCACCACAAAAUAAAAAACAUUCGCAAGCACUUCCACAGUAUGCUGCAACUAAAGGAAGCGAAGAAAGUGAGCAACCCGCACGAGUGUGUGUCAGAGGCGCAGUUUAUGCAGUUCACGAAGAAGCAGCUAAAGGAGGCGUUGAAGCAGCGUUUCGGACCUGACGUCCUCACACCUGCUGAGGAGCGGAUGAAGAAAUCGGAUUUCGUCGCUGUCAUCAUGCGAAAUAUGUACCCCUACGGGUCGAGGUCGAACGCUCGAGCGUUGGAGACUGAUCCAGACGGCAUGACAGAGUAUCAUGUGCAUGAUGUUGGGAUGUGGUUCCUCCGCGCUUGCCAGCUAUGCAGCGAGGAGGGCGGAAACGCGGACAGUCUACACCGCGACAUCAUGUUCGUCGCCGAUCAUUGGGCUGGUGAUCAUUCGGGAUGUGUCGACGGUAGGGAGGUUCUGUGCGAGAAGGCCGGUGGGCGUGCACGAGUGCCUUUGUAUAGCCGCACGGAUACGGUCUACGAGCUCGUUUUGCGUGUUUUCGAUAAACAACGCAGCACUAACAUCACACCGUACUACGUCGAGUGGAGACUUUUCAGGCACCAUCAUCAUCUAUGCGAAGAAGUCGGUGCAUUUCGAGAAGUCUUACUGUGCACGUUUGUCGAUCGCAGUGAUUCGGUGGAACAGUCACUGUAGGCGCGACCCGAUCGAGUAUGUUGCUCGCAUUGUUGCGGGCACUUCCAUACAUGCGAGACCAGGCUUCCGUCG